CACAAAAAAUACACGGGCGAAGAAGUAAACCGGAAGUUAUCGAGGACUUGGGGGUGGCGUCGUUUUCAAAGCUCGUUAACGUCAGUUGUCUUGGUGCUGUGUUUGAACCUGUAAACAAUACAGCAAAACUUACUACCACGAGCAAACGUAACCGUUUAUUUUAGCACAAUGGACUCAGCGUAACAGCGAGAUCGUCGUCACGCAGACUUUAUGCUUCCUCCUUGAUUGGAAGCAGAAAAUACCAUGGAUAGCCUGGAUUUCACAGAGGAGGAGAUUCAAGAACAGCUGGCGAUCCUCGGCUACAGAAACAUACCGAAACACAGGCUGCGUGAAUUCAAGAAAGACCUUGAUGAACUGAUUCGACAUGGAGAAUGGAAAACGCUGGCGUCACCGACUCAGACAAACUGCACCAAAGUCCCGACAGAUACAUCUCAGCGGAGUCCUCCUGCCUACACCAAAGAGAAAGUUAGUCAGAGCAACUUUAAAGACUCUGGUGUAAGAUUUUUCUUAAACGCAGCCAAAGCAGACAGUGACAGACAUGUGCUCACCACCUGUCAGAACAGAGACUGUGGACGGCAGCAGAGACACUGGGACUCGUAUGCUCAACACUCGGUGGGUCCGAAGCACCAGCUGCCUCCGGGCGCUCCCAGCAGGCUGCAGGUGGAGCCGGAUCCAGAGCACAGCCUCCACCCGCUGCUUACUGACAGCUACACGUCUUCCCCAGACACCCAGGGGAGAGGUUUCAUCAAAAGAAAAGUUCUGAGGAAACAUAAAGGACAAUCUCUUGUCUGUGAUGAAUCGGUCUACAGUGAAAACUCAGAUGCAGCGAGCAGCGUGGAGGAGAGACUGGCCCAGCUGCGUUUGUCCACGUCCGCUCAAUGUGACUUUGAGACAGAGAAUGAAGACAUGACCAGUCAGAGUGACACACGCAGCUCCGAGGCUGACGGCAUGUCUUUGAGUGCUUUUGAGUCCUACAUCAGAGGCAUGGCUCCAGCUCACAGCGAUGGGGAUUUCAGGCCCCAACCCAAAUCGUUCAUCCGGCCAGCCCUGAGGCGGCAAACCAUCAAGAAGAGCGACCCAGUGGCCAAGUACUUCCACUACAAGCAGCUGUGGGAGAUGGUUCAGCUUCCAGGAGAGAAGGACAGGAGAGCUCUCCGCUGGGAGAUCAGGGAACGACUUGCAUACCAGCCUCCACCUCCCAAGCCUCGGAGAGUUUACGUUCCGAACACCUACGCUGUCCCAACAGAGAAGAAACGUGCGGCGCUGCGAUGGGAGAUCAGGAACGACCUGGCCAACGGUCUCCUGCCCCACAAAUUCAGUUAUCGAUUUUAGGCCUUACUCUUUCUCCAUUUUUAAAAUCUUUUAUUAAAACUUUGCAUUGUUUUUA